GCGAAAAAGCUGGGGCAUGAACAUCAGAACAAUUUCACCGUCGCUCUACCGGUCUGCUCCUACGAAUACGCAUCGCCCAUCCACGGCGAUCACACUACCGUGCGGGAUCCCCCAGCCAGCGACCGUACGUGCCUGACCUAUCGGCGCUGACCAGUCGUCGUUCAAGGAUUCCGCACGCUUGCGCGUCUCUGGCGCAGGGAGCUGCUUCAAUGCGAACAUUCGGCGGGAGAGCUUAAGCCGGACACCAAAUUUGACGAGAGCUCAACACCACCACGCGCGCUACACACCACCAGUCACUCCGUGCGCUGCGAUGAGGUAGCUCAGCUCCUAAAUUCGCGCCCUCCCACUUUCCGAUGCCUCGAUCAUAAACAAUCGCCAACUUUGUGUGUUCCCUCGCUCCUCAUCGGCAUGGCUACCACCUAUACCUGGACGACCAGGUGCCUGCCGGGCUUCAGCAUCUGCGCAGUGUUCGCUUUGCUGUUGUGCUCCUUCAUCAUUUCGCCCUACGGCAAGGGAGAACCCGGGAAGCACAAUGGCGAGGCCACUCUCCCUCAACUCAUAUUGUCUGGCUACACAGUCUUUUGCCAUGUCAUGUCGAUUGUGUUCCCUAUUCGCGUAUGCUGGGCGAUUCGCGAUCUGUUGAAGAGCAUGAGAACAUCUGCACUGGAAGUGCCAAACACAACGAGGCAUCGAUCACACAUGGUCAAGAGGGACAGCGGCACAUUUGAGCAACCAGUACCUCUGUUUGUCAUCAUCUUGCCAGCCUAUAAGGAAGAAGUCGCGACCCUGGAGGAGACAAUCCGAGUGUUGGCUUCACACACGCAGGCACGGGCGAGCUAUCACCUUUAUCUCGCCAUGGAGGAGAAAGAGGAAGGCUCUGCCUUCAAAGCAGCGGGUCUCAUCAAGUCGUUCGAAGCUUCGUUCUUCCGCAUGAGCUACACUGUUCACCCGGCUGGGCUUCCAGGUGAAGCUCAAGGAAAAAGUAGCAACGAAUCUUGGGCGGCCAAGCAGGCAACACGAGAUUAUCCUGAGGACUGGAUCAAGCGCAACGUGCUGAUCACGGUCAUGGAUGCUGACACCCAUCUCUCCUCGCGGUACUUCACUCAAAUCGCUCACAUGCACACCGACCGCGUAGAGAACAACGAUGCUUGUGUAUAUGUGCCGCCGCUUGUUUUUGACCGCAACCUCCACCGCGUGCCCCUUCCCGUGCGAACGGCAGAUCUGAUGUGGGCCGGAGCUGGCAUCUCUAGCUUGUACCAGGGAUCAACGAUUUGCAUUCCGACCUCAGUGUAUUCCCUGCCAAUGACCUUGGUCGAACAAGUUGGUGGCUGGGAUACUGAUCCAGGAGCAAUCGGCGAGGACAUGCACAUGUACCUGAAGUGCUUCUUUGCCCUCUCUGGAAAUCUCGACGUACGAAUUGUCUACGCAGCGGCGAGUCAAUGCAAUGUCAGCAGCGACGAGCAAGGCUUUAUGGGCUACUUUGCUGGUCUCGAUGCACGUUACAAGCAAGCCACGAGGCAUAUGUGGGGUGCAUUGGACACUGGCUAUACCAUUCGCCAGACUAUCAGCAUGCUUAGGAGACACCGGGAGUCUUCACAAGGAUCGACCAACGUACCUCUCAGCGCACCAAAUUCAAACUGGACCGCGUUCUGCACGAGCACUGGCCUGCACAAAUCGAUGACUUCGACCACCACGACCACUGAGCAAGCGCCGCCGCGACCAAUCAACUGGUAUAAUCUGUUCGUGCUCUACCACAGAAUGUUUGAGGCGCAUUUCUUGCCAGUUCAUCUCUGCGUGAUCCUCAUUACGUCUGGGAUUUACACAUUCUACACGCCGACUUUUCUGGUGCCGACAGUCUUCAAAAUGGCGCUCGACUUCUCCAGCCACUGCAGAUUAUUUGGCUGGUGUACAAUGCUCUGUUACUUCUACUUGUACGACCGAUAUCAUAAGCUCUGCGUCGGCCUGCGCCAAGAAGAGAUGCGUCAGGCAGGCUUGCUCGAGGAUAUGGAGGACAAUGAUGGGAUCACGCCAAACAUCUUCCAGGUUGCUGGGCUGUUUGAGGCGGCAUUGUUUCCAAUUGGCGGCGUUAUCUUUGGCGCAAUUCCUGCGAUUCAAGCAGAAUUGAGCCAUUUCUUCACCGAGCGCCUGACUUAUGUGGUCAGCCUGAAGCCUUCGCUUCCGACACUCAAGUCUGUCAACGGAUCCAGACCAAUGACACCGUAGGCCUUCCCCCAAUAUGACCCCUGCACAGCACUCUUCGACACCUCACGAUACCCGAUACCCGAUACCCAUUUCAGCAUGGCGAGGAGGCGACUUCAUUUCUGAGCAUUUUCAUUCCAGCACACAGCAGCAUGAUACCCUUAUAGACAUUACACAUAUCACCAGAAGCUAAUUUGCACGUUUUCUGUUCAAGAUCUCAUCAGCCCACAAGAGCUACUCGACACCAGUCAUUGACAAACAACAUACGCAAAUCCAAGGCCUCUGGGAAUUCGAAAGCCAACGGCUUCAGCAUUCCCGCCGUAAACGGCCACGUACAUCAGCGCAGGUUAUCGCAACUGAUUCAUUUCUCACGCGAUGCUGAUUGACGGAUCCAAGGAGCCGAGCCAUUGCGGGAUUUUCUGUAGGAGCUUUGCACUAGCACUGGCGCUAGUACACGUACGCGCGGAAGUCUAUACGAACUUCAGCUCAGCGGAACAUGGCGCAGGUACGCGUGCGCAGCUGCAAGGAACACGGGACAUGGCGUCAGACAAGGUUCGGGCUCGACCAUUUUCGUGAUAGAUGGUGUGUCUACGCGGCGGAGGGCCACGCGGCAGCAACAACAACGAAGGUUACCUAUUGCUGCGCCCGACAAGCCGUUUGAAUCAGGUACUUACUAGACUAGUAUACAACGCUUGAAGAAACCCAAC